CCGGAGAGGGCCAAGAUGGCGGCGGCGGCGGCUUCGCUUCGCGGGGCGGUGCUGGGCCCGCGGGGCGCGCGGUUGCCGGGCGCGCGGGCCCGGGGUCUGCUGUGUGGCGCGCGGCCCGGCCAGCUCCCGCUGCGGACGCCUCAGGCAGUGUCCUUGUCGUCGAAGGCCGGUCUGUCCCGGGGCCGGAAAGUGAUGCUGUCAGCGUUGGGCAUGCUGGCGGCAGGGGGUGCAGGGCUAGCUGUGGCCCUGCAUUCCGCCGUGAGUGCCAGUGACCUGGAGCUGCACCCCCCCAGCUAUCCGUGGUCCCACCGUGGCCUCCUCUCUUCCCUGGACCACACCAGCAUUCGGAGGGGUUUCCAGGUGUACAAGCAGGUGUGCUCCUCCUGCCACAGCAUGGACUACGUGGCCUACCGCCACCUGGUGGGUGUUUGCUACACGGAGGAAGAAGCGAAGGCGCUGGCUGAGGAGGUGGAGGUUCAGGAUGGCCCCAACGAGGAUGGGGAGAUGUUCAUGCGGCCCGGGAAGCUGUCGGACUACUUCCCCAAACCGUACCCCAACCCGGAGGCUGCUCGAGCAGCCAACAACGGGGCACUGCCCCCUGACCUCAGCUACAUCACGCGGGCUAGGCACGGUGGUGAGGACUACGUCUUCUCCCUGCUGACGGGCUACUGUGAGCCACCCACAGGGGUGUCGCUGCGAGAGGGCCUCUACUUCAACCCCUACUUUCCUGGCCAGGCCAUUGGCAUGGCUCCUCCCAUCUACGACGAGGUUCUGGAGUUCGAUGACGGCACCCCAGCCACCAUGUCCCAGGUGGCCAAGGACGUGUGUACCUUCCUGCGCUGGGCAUCUGAGCCAGAGCACGACCAUCGCAAACGCAUGGGGCUCAAGAUGUUGAUGAUGAUGGGCUUGCUGUUUCCCUUGAUCUACGCCAUGAAGCGACACAAGUGGUCAGUCCUCAAGAGCCGGAAGCUGGCAUACCGGCCGCCCAAGUGACCCUGCCCUGUGUCUGCUCACUGUCUGGUCUGGAUAGGCUCUCCAGCCCAGGAGCCGCUCUGGACCUGUUCAGGCCUCAGCUGGCCCUCUUGAAAAGCCCCAAUUUCUUGGGUAAAAGAGGGGAGGGGCCAGGAGACCAGGUUCUGGCUCCAAAAUCUUCAGUCUCCAUCAUGGAAAUAAAUUAAGUUUCUCAACACA